CACCCGGUAUGGACCAAUGGCGCCUUACGAUUCUCGGUGAGGGGGCUGUUGGCAAGACUGCUCUUGCCGUCCAAUUUUCGAUGAACGCUUUCAUUGAGUCGUAUGAUCCGACAAUCGAAGACUCAUAUCGGAAAACGAUUCUCGUCGAUAACAGACAGGCCUUUUUAGAGAUAAUAGAUACGGCAGGGCAAGAUGAGUACGCGACCCUCCGUGAUCAAUGGGUUCGCGAGGGCCAGGGGUUCAUGCUGGUCUACUCCGUCGCAUCGCGCAAGUCGUUUAAUCGACUGCACGAAUUCUACAAGGCCAUCAUAGAUGGCAAGCAACCGCCAAGGUCGGCAGCUUCCCUGGGGCAGAGAUUUGCCCGCCCCGGGAUCGUCAUCAUUGGCAACAAGAUCGACAUUCAAGACGAACGUGUGGUUACGACGGAGGAGGGUGAGCGGCUGGCUCGGGAGUGGAGGUGCGGCUUUAUCGAGACGAGUGCCAAGUUGGCCGUCUCUGUGGAUGAGUCGUUCUGCGAACUCAUCCGACAAUGUCGGAAGGCGGGACCCGUGGAUGGUUUGCCGCCGCAGCUCCGUGGACCUGCAUUCCCCAGAGGUCCAAAUGCCCCAACAACCGCAGCACCCGUGCCGCGACAACCCCCUUCCGCGAAUCCCAACCCCACAUCGUCGCCGCCGACUAAACCGACUAUCCGAUCGCGAAAGAAAAAGAAGAAGGACAAGGACAAGGAGGAUCGUCAGCCAGGUUGUAUCAUUAUGUGACGCCCAUAGAACGGACUUUUCCUUUUCCUCUCAUUGUGUAUACCACUCUUCCAUACCCUUGCUUU